CGGCCGCGGCCACCGCGUCAGGUGACAGCCCGGAAGCCGGGGGACGCGGCGCAGAGCGGGGCGGCCGCGGGGGGCGGCGCGGAGCGGUGGGUGCGCGGCCCUCGUGCAGCGCCCGAGCUGACACCUCAGGUCCGCUUGCUCGCCGUCCUCCUGGGGCUCGCCGGCCCAUCCGCCCCGCCGGCCGCGGCGGUUGAAGACACCGUCUGGCCGGCCCGCCCUCAGCGGCCGCCCAUGGAGAAGGCCGGGCGAGGCGGCGACGGCGCCCCCCGGGGCCCGGUCCUGCACAUCGUGGUGGUGGGCUUUCACCACAAGAAGGGCUGCCAGGUUGAAUUCUCUUACCCGCCCCUGAUUCCAGGAGAUGGUCACGACAGUCAUGCUUUGCCUGAAGAGUGGAAGUAUUUGCCUUUCCUUGCCUUACCAGAUGGCGCACACAACUACCAAGAAGAUACUGUGUUUUUUCACUUGCCACCCAGAAAUGGAAAUGGAACCACAGUAUAUGGUAUCUCUUGCUACCGGCAGAUUGAAGCCAAGGCAUUAAAAGUAAGGCAAGCAGAUAUCACCAGAGAGACUGUCCAGAAGAGCGUCUGUGUUCUAAGCAAGCUGCCUCUCUAUGGUUUACUUCAAGCAAAGCUACAACUCAUUACCCAUGCAUAUUUUGAAGAGAAGGACUUUUCCCAAAUUUCCAUUCUAAAGGAACUUUAUGAACAUAUGAAUAGUUCCUUGGGAGGAGGUUCACUGGAAGGAUCCCAAGUUUAUCUUGGUCUGUCUCCUCGAGAUCUUGUGCUUCAUUUUCGACACAAGGUUUUAAUUCUGUUUAAACUAAUUCUUCUUGAAAAAAAGGUUCUCUUUUAUAUUUCUCCAGUGAAUAAAUUGGUGGGUGCCCUCAUGACUUUGUUAUCCCUUUUUCCAGGCAUGAUUGAGCAUGGUCUCAGUGACUGUUCUCAGUACAGACCUCGAAAGAGUAUGUCUGAAGAUGCUGGGCUUCAAGAAAGCAAUCCCUCUGCAGAUGAUUUUGUUUCUGUGUCUGCUCCUGGCAUUUCAAAUACCAACAUGGGAACUGUCAAGAAAAUCACAAUAGGACACCACGGUGGAGAUGUUGCCAUCACGACGGAAGAAUCCUUGUUCCAAGUGGAAAACAACAAUAACAAAGAACAGGAACCCAGGGAUACCAAUCAAUAUUUGAAACCCCCUUUACGCCCAUCCCCAGAGUCUUCAGAAAGUGACUGGGAAACCUUGGAUCCUAAUGUCUUAGAGGACCAUACCUUGAAAGAAAAAGAGCAGGAGGAGUCAGAACAGACAAACUCAUUUCCAAAGGACUCGGUGCCUGCAGACACUCCUCCGAUUACAGUACAGCCUCAAGCUAAUACAGGCCAAGUGGUCCUCAUACCAGGACUGAUUUCUGGUUUGGAAGAAGAUCAGUAUGGCAUGCCCCUGGCUAUCUUCACAAAGGGAUAUUUGUGUUUGCCUUACAUGGCUCUGCAGCAGCACCAUCUUCUCUCUGAUGUCACAGUCCGGGGAUUUGUGGCUGGCGCUACUAACAUCCUCUUUCGACAACAGAAACAUCUCAGUGAUGCCAUUGUGGAAGUAGAAGAUGCUCUGGUCCAGAUCCAUGAUCCAGACCUCAGGAAGCUGCUGAACCCCACCACUGCAGACCUAAGGUUUGCAGAUUACUUAGUGCGGCAUGUGACCGAGAACCGUGAUGAUGUCUUCUUGGAUGGCACUGGCUGGGAGGGAGGUGAUGAAUGGAUCCGAGCCCAGUUUGCAAUCUACAUCCAUGCACUGCUGGCUGCCACGGUGCAGUUAGAUAAUGAGAAGAUAUUAUCGGACUAUGGCACAACCUUUGUUACAGCAUGGAAGAACACACACAACUACAGGGUAUGGAACAGCAACAGGCAUCCAGCACUCACAGAAAUAAAUCCAAACCAUCCAUUUCAAGGCCAGUACUCAGUGUCAGACAUGAAGCUAAGAUUCUCACAUUCUGUUCAAAACAGUGAACGUGGCAAAAAAAUUGGAAACGUCAUGGUCACAACCAGCCGGAAUGUUGUACAGACAGGAAAAGCUGUUGGCCAGUCAGUCGGAGGAGCGUUUUCCAGUGCAAAGACCGCCAUGUCUUCAUGGCUCUCGACUUUCACGAGUUCCACGCCCCAGAGCCUCACAGAGCCACCUGAGGGGAAGCCAUGAACUUGAGGCCAGGGGCCACUGUUGCUUUCCUAGGGUCAAGUGUUCCUUGUCUGUCCACUGUUCCCAGACUGUCCCUCUUCAUUGGCCACAGGUCCACAGCCAGGGGCCAGUAUGUCGGACUUGUUUACAUGCCAGUUGUCCUCUUUCUGAAUGUCACAGGAUGCUUGGAAAGAUGAAAUCACAACCAGAGCAGGACUGGCUUUUCAGGUUGGGGUUUAAAUUGACUACUUUUAUUUUCAGUCUGAGCCUGAUUAAACACAGUGAACCUUCCAGUGAAGUUUCAAGUUCUGCUACUACACCGUUGUUUACUUUAGAAAAGUUUUCACUUAUGUAAAUUUUAUUUUAUUGUUUUAUUGUCCAGAUGGUCAAUAGGAUUUAUAUUCGUCGAAAAUUAAGUUAUACUGCUAUUUUAAUUCCUUUAAAGCUGGUCCUAAAAAUGUACUUAUAAAGUUAUGGGACCAGGCAGUCCAGUUCUUUGUUAUUAUUUUGUUUUUCUGUGUGUUGGAGUUUUGUUUGUUUGUUUGCCUACAAAGCACAUUCAGCAAUUUACUUUCUCCCAGCAACUUGACAGUCAAGGAAAGUAGUUCUGAAAUGAAUGUUUUGUUUCCUGUUGUUGUUGUUUAUUCCCUGGUCCUGAAAAACAUGUGCCUGUGGCAUCAAGGAGUAUCUUUGUACUUUCUCUCUCUUCCUAAUUGUGGGAGUAGGUGUGCAGAGAAGUCACCACAGGGGGCUAGGCACGGUUCUAAGGUUGUUUGAGCUGUUUAAUAUUAAAGUAUGUGUUAGGGCAAAACUUUACAGACCUGGGUAUUAGUUCGGACUCCAGUCAUGUUAAUCUCUUAACAGGCUUUUUUUUUUCCAUAUCCCAAGUCCGUGCCUCCUAUUUCUUCUUUUGAACAGUUUUCCAUCAGGUGUUUAUAGAUUUCCAAGGCCUUGAGCCUUCCAGAUUCCCUGACCAAAAAAUUCUGCCACUCUCAUUCCCUCCUCUCUUUUGAAAAAAUUUAUAAAAGAAAAACAAGAUCGUCCACAAAUAUUAAGUAGAACUCUUAUCUUAGCUCACACUUAGAAAAGCAAGAGGUAAGAAACAGUUUCCAUGACAUCAGUCAUGUCUCAUAAGGGGUGUUUUGUUUCAUUUUAGACCCAUGCCUCUGUUCUGGCCACUGAAGAUUUUUGCACAACUGAACUUUGUGUGUUUGCCAUGCUCAGCUCUCAUUUGUUUUUCAUGGGAACUUUGAAUGGGUUUUCUCAGGGAGUACUAAUAGAACAGAUUGCUUUCAGUAGCAAAGCUAUUUGGAAAGUACAUUGUGAGUAUGAUCUUCGUAUAAUAUGAAGACUAUUAGGAAAAUGGGGGCUUAAUUAAGAGAGACAUUGGUUAUUGAUUUAUCCCUUCUGAAAUGUUUGUAUGAAAAGUCCUCUAGGACAGGUGAAAUGAACAUAGGGACAUAAGCUAAAAACCCCUCCAUUUCCCAUUUUGUGUUUUCACACAAGUCCACCACAUCUAAAAGUUGUGCUUUCAGUUGAACCAAGUAACUCAAGAAUUAAGGUGAUAAAACCAGGGACUUAUUGUGAAAACUCCAUUAGUUCCACUUCUCUUAGGAAAGUCAACCUUCUCAGGAAACAUUAUUUGAAGAGAAGAAAGUAAUAACCAAACACAGCCUUCCAUUAUACUUAAGUCAGUGUUACACUGAGACUGUAUAUAAUUAUUCUAACACUCUUUUCCAUGAGAUCACAUCAUUAGCUAGUGCAGUAGUGUGUUGAAUACCUUUCAACUGCCAAACAUUCAGGUGCUAAGAGCACCAGGGGGAGUUGGGCAGCAGGCUGCUGGUUCAUCCUUUAAUUCAUGUGAUUCAUAUCCGUGCCCAUCUCUCAGUACUCUAAAGUUGUCCACAACUUAGAAUUCCACUGAGGGACUGGAGCGAUAGCUCAGCGGGCAGGGUGUUUGUCUUGCAUGCAGCCGAGCUGGGUUUGAUUCCCAACAUCCCAUAUGGUCCCCUGAGCACCGCCGGGAGUAAUUCCUGAGUACAGAGCCAGGAGUAACCCCUGUGCAUCGCCAGGUAUGACCCAAAAAGAAAAAAAAAAAGAAUGCCUGUGAAAUAAAGUAAAUAAAGUUGCAGUUGUGUAAGCAUUCCACUUGGCCUUAGUAGCACUUGCCCCUCCCUUUUUAAUAUUGAUUGUAAUUGAACUUUGUAUUGAUGUUUUAGUCGAGACUUGACUGCGUGGGCCUGGGUGCUGGAGCACAAGCUCUGCCUUCAGGAGCCCUCGGUUCUGUUCUGGGCUGUUGGGAGUGUCUGCUCAGCAAGAAGCUGCAGGGUUGUUAAACAAGGUACUUAAAACCAGAACCAAAGUAUUUUGUGUGCCCGGUGUGCCCUGCACCCUUUAAAAGAAUAGUUGGACUCUUCAGUGGCUCGCUGCAUAAUGUGAGUAUGUCUGAAGGGAGAACUUUGCCCGGAGACCUGGUUAAAAGAUGACCCCACAUUCCCUCCAGCCUCUGAGAAGUAUUGGAGUUUUCAGGGAGCUCAAGGAGGUGAAAGCAAGCAGAGUUAAGAGCAAGAGUUACAGGCUCUAACUGGAACCUGUGAGGCCAGUUGAGGGGUCCCAGGAACCCACUCCAGCUGGCAUGGUCCUUCCUCUCCCUCUGGUAGGCUGACAAGCUGUGUGUCAGCCUUACUUGCCCCUGGCUUUUGUGUUUGAAAACUAAGUAGGCCUCAGGAAGUAAGGCUCCAGCCAGGGCAUACCCUUCCAGGGUGAGUGCCAGGCACUCAGACUAUAUCUGUAGGUUGGUAGUGGCCUGGCUGCUGUGUCUGUGACUUCAGUUCGUGUUUAGGGAAAGUUCCUGGCAUGUUUGAAUCCCUGGUGGGCUCUUGCGAUAUAGUAACAAUAUUAGCAAGAGAAAGACAGAAAACCAAAUGAACUGACAGAGCUGCACUUCUGAAUAAGGCUGAAAGUUAUAUACAUUUGGCUCUUAAAAUCUGUAUGACAGAUCUUCAUGCCCCUCUUCCAAGCCCUUAAGUAAUUCUCAUCCACUUUUUUGCUUUAACUCCAUAGCAUUGUUCUUGGGGAGUAAACUAGAGCGAAUUUCAUCAACUUCCUCAACCUUAUUUUGCUUCCUGAGUUCUGUAUUGAGCAUUGAAAAAAAAAUUUUUUUAUUGAGUGCAGAGCCAGGAGUAACCCCUGCGCAUCGCCAGGUGUGACCCAAAAAGCAAAAAAAAAAAAAAAAAAAAAAAUUAAUGACAGGGAGGGCAGUUCCCCUGGCUCUGUGCGCAGAGGUAACUCCUGGUAUUGCUUGAGGGACCACAUUUGGUGCUCGGAAUCUAACUGGGGUUGCCCGCAUACCAGGCUAGCACCUUACCUCCUGUACUAUCCCUCUUGCCCAGAAGUUUUUUAAACAUGAAUAUACCUUGAAAAGGUAAACAGGAAGCAAGCUGGGACAGUAGAAAAGUAAGAAGCUGCAAGGCUGCUAAACAUGGUACUAAAAACUAGAAUGAAAGUAUUUCGAGAGCAGUAUUUAAAAGGCUAAAGAGUAGAACUCUUUUACAGACAAGUUUGAAUUUUUGUCUUCAGGUUAUGUUUUGAAAUGAAGCUAUGACAUUAUCUCACUGACAGGAAGGUUCUUUUAUUUUCUGAUUUCUGGGAGCUACAGUCCCUGAUCCUGCCUCAGCCCCAUCGGCAAGUUCAAGAGCACACAGUCAUUUCUCUGCGCACCUUUGCGGGACCCCAAACGCAUGAACUUUUCUCUACUUCAGCAGUUUGAGGAAUAACCUGUUGGGAUAGUAGCCGCUAUAUGCUGCCUUUUGUAUCAGGGUGUUGGUUGGAACCCUUCCAUGUCAUCACCAUUUGCAUGCUUGAAUUCUAGGGCCAGAGGCAGCACAGAGUUCAUGCCUUCCCACCCAUUUCCUUGAGACCCUUUAAGCUUCUGAUAGCUGGUGGUAAAAAACACAAACCUCAUCUCUGAAGGUGGUUGUCAUUCCAUGUUGCAAAAUGUGCCACUAGUAGUGUUUUUUAUUCCAAGCCUUUGUACGUCAUACCAUUGGAAUUACUUUUCAUAAUUUCCAACAUUCCAUAAAUAUUUGUCAAGGGCAAAGAAAAGGAAUGUGGUUCUUCAUUCUUUUCAUAUAAAUAAUUUUGUACAUGUGACUUCCUGCUUUCAUGAUGAAGGAGAAGAAAUGAGCUCCCUUGUAUGAUAACUUCAGAAGAUUAUGCACGUUGAGGGGUUGAAUAUAUUUUGUAAAAUUCUAAUGCAUUUGUAUUUCUGUGCUGUUCUAAAUUUUACCUUUUUACUUAUAUUAAUUAAAGAUAUAGAAACUAUAUAUUUAAAUCAUGUAAAUGGGAUGUAGGGAUUUUUAUCCAAUCAUACUUUUCAUCAGCUUCUCACACACACGUAGUAUGCUGCUCACUGUGUGUGUGUGUGUGUGUGUGUGUGUGUGUGUGUGUGUGUGUAAUAUAAACAUUUGAACAUUUCAGUCAGGUACUGAGCCAGAAAAAGGUAAUGGAAGUUUUUAGAAAGCUUCUAUGCUUAGGAAAUAGUUUUUCAUGUUAUAUUAAUAAUUUAAAGCUGGGAAGAUAGGAUCAAGAUGUACAGUUUUCAGACUAGUUAGUCAUUAUUUCCUUAAUUUAGGAAGUAUUUGAUUAACAAGUUGGUGAGGCAUUUAGUGGUCACAGAAAUUAAAAUUUGGAAUUAAAGACUUUCCACAUACCCUUUCUAAGAAAGUUUUCUAAGGAAGUUUCUCUUUGCUCUGAUAGUUCUAUGAUUUGUACUAGUUCUUUGUUCUGUUGUCAUUAAUUUAAAAAAAAAGUUAAGAUUAUAAAUCAUGUCUAAUCAUACUGAAUUAGAAAACAACUUCUGUAUCUUUAUUUUGAGAGAAAGUGAUAAUAAAAUAUUGUUUGCCCUGCA